AUGUUUCUCCACCUGAAGUCCGCGUUGGACCACCCCAGUGCCGUCAUUUUAUUCACAGGGCUGGUGUAUUUCUGGGAGGCGUUUGUGUUAGUUACAACGAGUAACGGGUCUACAGAGAGCUCUCAGUCCGCCCGGAGUGUGUCGGAGUUUCCCCGGGGGCAGGGGGAGAGCCCGGCGGGGGCUGAAGUCAUCCCGCCCGAGGACUGGCUCCGGCAGUUCCGCAACGCCUCUCUGGAGAAGGACUAUCCGAGACUUAGCGCCCUGCUGGUGUACGUCUUGGAAAAGACAGGGGAAGACACGGACCAGCAUCUUCUGAGAUCCUUAAAGGUCGGGCGUAUGCUGGGAGCAGUCAACCGCAACGAAACGUACUGGGAAGGACUGCACGAACAAGUAAAGCAGAUCAUGUACCAGCUGGGUCUGGAGAGGGAACCGGAAGUGCACAGAAAGCGGAAACGGAAGGAGAGGAGGAAAGGACCCCGGAUAUCAUCCCGCAGACAUCACGUUGAACUAUGACUUUUUGUAGUCC